AGAACAGUCAGUCCUAGUACUGAUGCCACUCCCUCCCACUUGGGACCUACAAAAUCUUCAGCUCAAAGUCCAAUUCUGCAUUUCCCACAUUGCAACAUCUACACAAAGAUCCCCACCACUGUGCACCAGGAGAGGCUCAGAAACUCAGAAUCAGCAACAUGGAGUUGAUUGAGGAUUUCUCCCGUCCACCACUGGUGCCUGUGAAGGGCAUCCCACUCAUCAAAUACUUUGCAGAGACUAUUGGGCCAUUGCAGAACUUGACAGUCUGGCCUGAUGACUUGCUUAUCAGCACAUACCCAAAGUCUGGUACUACCUGGAUGAGUGAGAUCCUGGACAUGAUCUACCAGGAUGGCCAGCUAGAAAAGUGUCGCCGGGCCCCCAUCUAUGCCCGGGUGCCCUUCCUUGAGUUCAAAUGCCCAGGAGUUCCCUCAGGUCUUGAAUCUUUGGAAGAGACACCAGCCCCACGGCUCCUCAAGACACAUCUGCCCCUGUCGUUGCUUCCUCAGAGUCUGCUGGAUCAGAAGAUCAAGGUGAUCUACAUUGCUCGAAAUCCAAAGGAUGUGGUUGUCUCCUAUUAUAAUUUCUACAACAUGGCCAAGCUACACCCUGAUCCAGGCACCUGGGAGAGCUUCCUGGAGAACUUCAUGGACGGGAAAGUGUCCUAUGGGUCGUGGUUCCAGCACGUGAAGGAGUGGUGGGAGCUGACACACACCCACCCUGUCCUCUACCUCUUCUAUGAAGACAUGAAGGAGAACCCCAAACGGGAGAUCAAGAAGGUCCUAGAGUUUUUGGGGCGCUCUCUACAUGAAGAGACUGUGGAUCUCAUUGUUCAUCACACAUCAUUCAAGAAAAUGAAAGAGAACCCCAUGACUAACUACACCACCCUCCCCUCUGAAAUCAUGGACCAUGGUGUUUCUCCCUUCAUGAGGAAAGGUACCACUGGGGACUGGAAAAACACCUUCACUGUAGCCCAGAAUGAACGCUUCGAUGCCCAUUAUGCUAAGAUGAUGAAAGGCUGCAACCUCAAGUUCCGUGGCAUCUGAAAUCUGAGCGAGGAGAAUGAACAGGACUGAGGACGUGUCUGAACGAAGAUGGUUUUAUCAACGUGUGUCAGGAAAGCAAUGGAUCCGAGCACUGAACAGGAACCAACCAUUCAAGAACGGAAGACAAACUGUAUUUUACCUGAAAGAAUAAAUGCCCUGCGAGCUGA